AGUUUUCAGCGGAAUCCUAACCUAUAAAUUUAAAAUUAUCUAGAAUUUAAUGAAUACUUAACACGGGUUGUGUUUAUCGUUGACACCGAUCGUAGGGUUGUGCCUUGUCAAAGACAAUCAAUGAGAAAUAGACUUCUUUUAUUCUCUAUUUUUGUAUUUCUUUAGCGUAAAAAAAACUCGGAGUGACACCAAGUGACAUUCGAAUGUUCUAGGUUAUCAAAGAACAAUGUUUUGCAUAUUACAACCGCUUUUACAAAAGCUCUACAUCCUCGUAUCGAAGAUGAAAAUGAAAUACAUUUGUUUCGGUUUCAUAGUGAUCGCAACCCUCGAUUUUUUCGGCGUAUUCACUCACGUUUUUGAGACCUCCUAUCACGAUUCAUUCAGGUAUCCGUAUAACGGAGAGAUCCACGAAUUUGUUACACAGCUUCGUAAUAACGAAAAACCGGAUGUGGAACCGAUCAACGAUUACAAUUACACUUUUAUCUACGACCUCAAAGAAAAGUGCACUGAGCACGAGCACAGACAUCUGCGUUUGGUUUUCCUUGUCAAAUCGGCGGUAAACAAUUUCGACAGACGAAUUGGGAUCAGGAAUUCAUGGGGCUUUGAAAAACGGUUUUCUGAUGUGCCGAUAAGAACGGUGUUCCUGGUAGGCAGAUCACCAGAGAAUCCGGAAUUGGAGGCACGUCUAAAAGCUGAGGCGAUAAAGCACAAGGAUAUCGUGUUGAUCGACUUUGUUGACACCUACUUCAAUAAUACCAUAAAAACAAUGAUGGGAUUCAAAUGGGCAGUAAAGUACUGUCAUAAUUCAAAAUUCUACAUGUUUGUCGAUGACGACAUGUAUGUUUCCCUCAAAAACAUUCUCAAGUUUGUUAGACACCCGACUCGCUACCCCGACUACCUGAAGGAUCCGAAAGGACCAGAAUACUCGGAGCCUUCCGAACAUUCCAAAAAACAUUUAUAUCCUCGGAUGCGUAGGGCGACUGUUAGGGAAAAAAUAAUUGCCAGAAGGAAACCUGGGUGGUACUCGCACAACAAAACUCUACACCCAAGUGCAGUAGCCACUGCAAAAAACAGGACCAAGAGGCAGAUAUUUGAUUUCGAACUACCGGAAGACGUUCGCUUGUUUACCGGAUAUGUUUUUGUCUCUGCACCGCACAGGCACAAGACGUCCAAGUGGUACGUUUCCUUGGAUGAGUACCCUUACCAUCUAUGGCCGCCAUAUGUAACUGCCGGAGCUUAUAUUCUCUCAAAGGAAGCGCUGCUUGAUAUGUACUAUUCCAGCUUUUACACGAAGCAUUUCAGAUUCGAUGAUAUCUACUUGGGACUAAUUGCCAAGAAGAUAGAUAUCGAACCUUUUCAUUGCGACGAUUUUUAUUUUUAUAAAAAAGACUAUACGAAGUACAAUUAUAAGUACGUCAUUGCUUCUCAUGGUUAUGGUGAUCCAAACGAACUAUUGAGAGUAUGGAAUGAACAGAAGGCUUUGGGAUAUGCUUAGAUAUUCAGACAAUCAAGUGAUAUAUUCAUAUUUUGACUUCUCUGUAAGGGAGGUUUCAGAUCUGAAAUCGAUACUUUUUAUAUGAUUUGUUUGUUUUGGUCUUUUACCAAUGUCAACAAUUCAUGUAAAAGCCAUGUUAGUUAUUCUUGUUGUGUAAUAUUUAAUUAGAAAAAUACUAAUGUUUAUUAGGUAUUGUUCCCAAAAUCAUAUUAGAAACUUCAUUAGGUGCUAAUCACAGUAUACUGUGAUUUAAGAUCUGGAAGUUUCAGUGCAGUGCAUAGAUUUUUAAAUUAUCUUAGUCAUAAAGCUUAGUGUGUAAUAAUGUCUUUUCUGAAUUUCAAAAUAUAUAGGUUCAACGUUUAUCUAUCGAUCAUAUAAAAUUUCGCAUUCAUCUAGCUUUAAAUUUAGAAGAGCUCCAUUUGUCCAUACAUAUUUCCACUGUAAUAUGGGUAUUUUUUGCUUCGCUCAAGUAUCAACAUUUUUCUUAGAUCAUUUUGAAUUUUCGUAUCACCUUUGUAUUAAACUCGUAUUAGUAUGUAGUCAUGAUUUAAUUUUAGUGUCAUUAAAAUUACUUAUAAUUGUUAUUCUUAAAAAUAAUCCUUAAAAUGUAUCAUUGUAAACUUAGUACAAA